CCAAACCAUAAUCAUAAACAUACACGUAGAUCGUUGAAAAAGGAAAACUUUUUUAUAAGUAUAAAGUGUAAAUGACAUUGGUAUAUUUUAUUGAAGAUAAAAAAAAUAAUAUGUAUUAUCAUAGGGUCUUAAGUUUUAUCUUUAUUUUACUUGAACAACAUCUAUCUUAUACAAACAAUUUGUGUGGUAAACAAGAUGGUUUUCGUUAUUUUGACAUCUUCUGUUUAUUGCCGGCGCUUGGCUGCCUUCUGACUGAUAUUACCAUCUCCCACUACAUUGUUUUUACGAAGAAACUUAAAUUGGUAAGACACAAUAUAUGAAUAUGAUGAUUAUUUUACAAGCUACUCUCUCUUUGUUAUUAUUAUUAUUGUUGUUAUAUUUAGAGACCUCAAGCAGGUCCGACCUCUUAUUCGAUGACGGUAAAGCGC